AUGGGGUUUAGCUUGUCUGUCUUGGGACUAUUCUUCAAACUGGGUCUUCAACCAAAUGUUAUUACCUUCAACACCCUAAUCAACGGCUUUGUUCUCCACAAUCAAGUGCCUGAGGCUGCACGAAUUUUCACCAAAAUGCUGGAGGAAGGUCGUUGUAAGCCCAAUGUGGUUACUUGCAACACACUUAUAAAGGGCUUUUGCAUGAGAGGAAACAACAGCAGAGCUGCAAUUCAAUUACUUAGGAACAUGGAAGAAACAGGAUGCCAGCCUGACAUUGUUUCCUAUAGCACCAUCAUCGACAGCCUUUGCAAGGAUACUCUUAUUGAUGAAGCAAUGAACCUCUUCUCGGAAAUGACUAGUGGAGGUAUUGCUCCAAACGUUGUUACUUACAACACCUUGAUUGACGGAGUCUGCAAACUAGGCCAGUGGAAACAAGCUGCAAGGCUGUUGGAUGAAAUGUCGAGUAAAGGUAUCUUUCCAAAUCUCCUCACUUUCAGUGUCUUGGUUGAUACAUUUUGUAAGGAAGGGAUGGUUGUGGAAGCCAAAAGUGUGGUUCAAAUGAUGAUUCAAAGACAUAUUGAGCCUGAUACGGUUAUAUACAACUCACUUAUGGACGGUUACUGUUUGCGAGGAGAAAUGAACGAGGCAAGACAAGUUUUUGAUCUUAUGAUUAGCAGGGGCUCCAUGGUUGAUGUUCAGAGUUGUAGCAUAUUGAUAAAUGGAUAUUGCAAGGGUAAAAUGCUCGAUAAGGCUUACAAGAUUUUCAAGGAAAUGCCUCGUAUGGAACUUGUUCCUGAUGUCGUUACUUAUACCACUCUUAUUGAUGGUCUUUGCAAAGUGGGGAGAGUUCAAGAAGCAGAAGAGUUGUUCUCUCAGAUGCAAGGUUGUGGCCAGCUUCCAAAUGUUCAAACUUAUGCUGUGAUACUUGAUGGCCUGUGUAACAACCAGCAACUUUCUACGGCAAUAGAAUUGCUUACACAAAUGGAAGCCAACAAAGUAGAACUUAAUAUUGUAGUUUACACUCUUGUUAUUGAAGGUUUGUGCAAAGCUGGAAAAAUUGAAUCCGCAAGAGAUCUCUUCUGUGGUUUGUCAUCAAAAGGACUUCAGCCUAAUGUGCGGACAUACACUGUAAUGAUUCAUGGACUUUGUCAUCAUGGCUUCAUAAUUGAAGCAGAAAAGUUGCUGAGAGAAAUGGGAGGGAAAGGAUGUUCUCCAAAUGGUUGCACCUAUAACACCAUUAUCCGAGGUUUUAUCAAUAACAAUGAGACAUCAAGGGCUACGAGACUUAUUCAAGAAAUGCGUGAGAGGGGUUUCUCUGCAGAUGCAUCAACUAUGGAAUUGAUUGUUGAUUUAUUGUCGAAGGAUACAGUAGAUCCUGGUUUAUUAGCAUGGCUUAAAGAUUCAGUCUGA